AAACUUACAGUCUCACAUACUCACGCACAACAUGACCACAUUUUAUCUUUCUUUCAUACAAAAAAAAAAAACAAAAAAAAAAAAACAUCCAUACUAUUUAUAUCUCAUCAUCAUCUUCUUCCCUCCUCAUAAUUCUCUCUCCUUCAUUUUCUCUCUCCAUCUUCAUCUCUUUCUUUCUCUCUCCACCAAAAACACCACCAAACAAAAUAAUAUAUAAAUGGAAGAACACAACCCAAAAAAACUCCACAUAGAACACCUACGUGCUCUAAAAGUCCUCGGAAAGGGUGCAAUGGGCACCGUAUUUUUAGCCCAUAAUCAUAUUUCCGACCCAGAAGGAAAUUACCCUUUUGCCCUCAAAGUAAUCGAGAAAUCUCUCCUUCACCUUAAACGCAACGACGCUGAACGUCGUGCACGUUGGGAAAUGUCAGUUUUAGCCUCCAUUAACAACCACCCUUUUCUCCCUACUUUAUUGGGCUCAUUUGAAACCCAUGAUUUAUUGGGCUGGGCCGUACCUUUUUGCUCCGGUGGUGAUCUUAAUGUUCUUCGUUACAAUCAAAACGACCGCGUUUUUAGCUACUCUGCUAUUAAAUUUUAUUUGGCUCAAAUUGUUUGUGCUUUAGCUCAUCUUCAUAGUAUGGGUAUUGCUUAUCGUGAUUUAAAACCUGAGAAUGUUCUUAUUCAAGGGUCAGGUCACGUGACUCUCACGGACUUUGAUCUUUCUAGAAAACUCGCGUUUCGUAAAAAAAAACAUGGGAGUUUCGAAACGGAUGCAACGUUUCGUGAACUUAAACCUCCACCACCUCCGCCACCACCUAGGAGGAAUAACUUGACCCGUAUUUUGACAUACGGGUCGGGUUUCGAAACGGGGUUGAGGAAGACUAAAUCGGCACGCGUUUCGCCACGGAGAGCGAGUUUCGCUUGUGGGAAACGUUCGAAUUCGUUUGUUGGGACGGAGGAAUACGUUUCGCCUGAGGUUGUUAGAGGGGAAGGUCAUGAAUUUGGUGUGGAUUGGUGGGCUCUUGGGAUUUUAGCGUAUGAGAUGUUGUAUGGUAGGACACCGUUUCGUGGGAAGAAUCGAAAAGAAACGUUUCGAAAUGUGUUAAUGAAACGGCCCGAGUUCGUCGGGUCACGGACCGACUUGAUUGAUUUAAUCGAACGGUUAUUAGAGAAGGAUCCAAAUAAGAGAUUGGGUCAUUUUAAAGGAGCGGAGGAAAUUAAAGAACAUGUAUUUUUUAAUGGGUUGAGGUGGGACCUAUUAACAGAAGUUGAACGUCCGCCAAUAGUACCACCAUCCGUGGACGUUGAUUUUGUAACGGGCGUAACGUUUGAUGUUAGGGAAUUUUUUCUUAAAUUAAGGGCACCGCCGUCAUUGCCGCCUUCGCCCGGGCGGUCGAUGUCGUCGUCGGAAGAUGACGUGGACGUCUCAUUAACGGAAUUCUGAUUAAAUUUGUCAGAGUUAGUUAAUUUUUUUUUGUUUUUCUAGGGAGUUUUUAGUGUAUAUAGGAUUAGAAAAAAAUAAGAGUAGGGGUAGUUUAGGGAUUGUAAUGAUAGGUGUUGAUAAUAUUAAGGGGUAUAUAGUAAUUUUGUUAAUGGGUUCUUUGUCACGUGAGGUGCACAUACCAUUAUCUUUUUCUAUCUCAUGGAAUAUGAUUAUGAGGCAACAAAAGAAUUUUAAUUUGCCCUUUUUUAGUUGGGCA